UACCGAACUUGCUCCGCACUCAAGGAAGUGCGGGGAAAUUUGUGCGCUUCUUCCAGCCGAGUUGGUCCAUGUUAUGCUUUGGUGGCGUUUCUCUUUUGCAGCUUAUAUGGAAGCUUGAAUACUUUCCAUAAAAAGUAAAGGAUAAGAUACUUCCACAGCUGAAGAUAUGCCACGGAGAAAGAGAACGGCAGGAAGCAGCUCGGAUGGAACAGAGGACUCAGAUUUUUCCGCCGACCUCGAACACGUCAAAGCUGCAGUAAGGGCGCGUCGGCGCAGCAGUACGCGCCUGACUCGGUCAUCCCUGCGCCUCAGCCAGAGCUCACAAGAUAACUCCAGCUUGUUACUCAGCGGCUCCCCGGCUGCUGCUGCUCACGAUGAGGGCCCUGAUUCCGCAGCGGAGCCGGCCCCAGCAGCAGCAGCAGCAGCAACAGCAGCACCCGUCUCCGUCUUCUCCUCUGGACGCAGGAUCACACGUAGCCAGCAGGGGGCGGCAAACCCCAAAGCCAAAAGAUACCAUUUGCGUCAGAGCAGGUCGUCUGGCUCAGACACAGAAGCCAAUGCAGACGCAAAACAAGGAGCGGACCAGGACGAGACGCCCCCGCGGACUCCAACAGGCAACGCCCCAUCCUCGGAGUCAGAUAUUGACGUUUCCAGUCCGAGCAAUGACCAUGUGUCUUCUAACAACAAUAUUGUCGUUUCACAAGAGGAGGACGAGAGACUGGCGAAAGAGCUGUCGCUCAAAGAGGCUGCCGCCCACGACCUCUCCCAUCGACCCAAACGACGACGAUUCCACGAAAGCUACAAUUUUAACAUGAAGUGUCCGACCCCAGGAUGCAACUCACUCGGUCAUCUAACAGGAAGACAUGAGAGACAUUUCUCCAUAUCAGGCUGCCCGCUAUACCACAACCUCUCUGCUGAUGAAUGCAAGGGCAAGGCAACGACACGCGACAAGCAGUCCGAAGAAAGGACGCUGUCGCACCGGCAGGAUGAGAACAGACACUCCACAAGGCACCAGGCCCCCACAGACGGACAGCAGCGCUACAAAGAUAAGGUGACAGAGCUGAGGCGGAAGAGGAACUCUGGCCUCAAUAAGGAGCAGAAGGAGAAAUAUACAGAACACCGACAGAGCCACGGGACGAGCCGGGAGCCGCUGCUGGAGAACAUCACCAGCGACUACGACCUCGAGCUGUUCAGGAAAGCGCAGGCACGUGCCUCGGAGGACCUUGAGAAGCUCCGUCUGGCCGGCCAGGUGUCGGAGGGCAACAACAUGAUCAAAACCAUCGUGUUCGGCCGCUUCGAGCUGGACACCUGGUACCACUCGCCGUACCCCGAGGAGUACGCCCGCCUGGGGAGGCUCUUCAUGUGCGAGUUCUGCCUCAAGUAUAUGAAGAGCCAGACCAUUCUGCGCAGGCACAUGGCCAAGUGUGUGUGGAAGCAUCCACCAGGCGACGAGAUUUACAGAAAGGGGAACAUCUCUGUCUUUGAGGUGGACGGAAAAAAGAACAAGAUUUACUGUCAGAACUUGUGUCUGCUAGCGAAACUCUUCCUGGACCACAAGACGCUGUACUACGACGUGGAGCCAUUCCUCUUCUAUGUCAUGACGGAAGCUGACAACACAGGAUGUCACUUAGUUGGAUAUUUCUCCAAGGAGAAGAACUCGUUCUUGAACUACAACGUGUCCUGCAUCCUCACCAUGCCGCAGUACAUGAGGCAAGGUUACGGAAAGAUGCUCAUUGACUUCAGCUACCUGCUGUCCAAGGUGGAGGAAAAGGUGGGCUCGCCUGAGCGCCCCCUGUCCGACCUGGGUCUGAUCAGCUACAGAAGUUACUGGAAAGAUGUUCUGCUGCGGUACCUCAACAGUUUUCAGGGAAAGGAGAUCUCCAUCAAAGAGAUCAGCCAGGAGACGGCAGUGAAUCCGGUGGACAUUGUCAGCACACUGCAGUCCCUUCAAAUGCUCAAAUACUGGAAAGGAAAGCACCUGGUUUUAAAGAGACAGGACCUCAUUGACGACUGGAAGGCGAAGGAGACCAAACGCGGUAAUGGGAAGACCAUUGACCCCACGGCCUUAAAAUGGACGCCGCCCAAAGGGACGUAAAGGAGCUUCCUUCUUCCUCCUCCUUCGUUCACUGGCGUCCUCACAGCUGCAGCACAGUCAGAUCUGACUACCGUUCACCAUUUCUUUGGGUUCAAACAGUUUACAUGUUGACUUAAGUGAAACAAAUAUAUCACUAUGUAAAUUUUAAAGGUUUUUAUUAUUAUUAUUCCUGCGAUUCACACGCUAAAAUACUUUACAUUAAAAGGAACAGUAGGGAAAAUGUGGACAAAGUUGGACCUGGAUUUUAAUAGGGCUUGGACUGAUGAUAUGAAGAAAAAAAAAGUUAUACUUGAACUAGACCAUUAAAUUUAUGGGUUAGUUCAUGAGAAAUUUUUACAAAAUGGUUAUAUCAAGAUAUAUAAAUUGUGAUAUUUGCUGUAUACAUGAAGAACUCUUCUGGAGUUCCUAUAAAUUAACUAAUUUAUGCAAAGACAAACUUGACCUCAAAGGGUACAGGGUAGAUAAAGUUUUACACUUUUUAUAAAUUUUAGGUUAGAAGCAGAGUUAAACGCGUAAGAAAUUUCUUUAUCGUUUCUUUUUAGAUUUGGACCGACGGUGUCUUGCAAAAGUAUUCAUACCCACUGAUGUUGACGUGCUUUACAUUAAACCUCCUCAGUCUUGAACUUUUUAUAGCUUGUAACUGGUUUUCCUCCAAGAUUUCCAUGUCUUUAGCUCCACCCAUCUUCCAACUCUUAACAGCUUUCCUGUCUGCUGAAGGAAAACAUUCCCAAAUGACCAAAAAAUUAAUAAAAAUGAAGGAGUAUGAAUACUUUUUGCAAGGAACUAACUAUAAAGCCUUUGCAUGCAUGCAGGAUGUCUGAAUCAUCGUGUAGUUUGGUCUUAGGUCUCAGUGAGCCCGUGUGUUAUCUGAAAAGUGAAACUAAUAGAGCGCCACUCGCCUGCCUCCUCACUCAAUUAGUAACGGGCACCAGACGCACCUGCUAAUCCAAUCUGUGGCGGGCGGCAUCGAACUGGAGCCGCACCUCGUUCCGCUGUGGAGAUGCAACACAGGUCAGCAACACGUUGACCUAUGCGAACACGUCCUGGCUGACGCAAACCAGCUGGCCUGGCUGGGAGUUAGAAGGACACACCCUGAAAAUAUACAGUUCAAAUAUGAGCUCUGAACAAGUGGACUUUUUAAAAAUAAUUGUGUCUUAAAAAUCUAUUUAGAGUUAAAAUUAUAACUAUUUGUCUUUCAAAUAUCUAGAGAAACUCGUUUACACACUGUUUCCAACUUUAAUGGGAUGAUUUCCUUAGACGUUGCUUGUAAAAUCAAUUUGCUUUUAUUCUAAUUUCUGUGUACAAGUGAGUGGAGUGAACCAGCACUUCUUACCAAUCUGCAUCUGAAGUCAACAUUUUAAAUCCCACUAAGUAUCAAAAAAGAAAAAUUGAUUUGGAAAUAUUUUAGUACCUGCAGUGAUUGUGUAACCCUUCAUCUGGUAACGUCAAAAAAAUGGAAUCAAAAAAUGUCUGUUUGAACCCAAAGUAAAUAACCUGUUCGCGUCUUGUGUCUUACGUUCAGUCUGUCUCGGCGGUCAGUUUGCCAGGAAGCUAUAGCUGCCACUGGCCACAUUCAGACGGCCCUCUGCUGUCGGACAGAUUGUCACCUGGAUGUGGGUGUGGGAUCGAUCACCUCUUGCCUGUUUUUACUCGUUUUCGUAUCACUCGUGAUGUUUGCUGUGUCCGAGGCUACACACGUUUGUUCUGUAUCCUUUCGUUUUUAAAAGUUCUCAUUUCAGUUUUAUACUUUUUCUACCUCUGAGGUUUUACUACUGUUUAACAGUUCAAGCAACUGUUGUUCUGUGUUUUCCUUUUUACCAUGUGUUGACAAUUUUAUUUUAUUUUUUUUUUCUAAUGGUUUAACCCACUUGGCGUUUCCCUUCUUUUAGUUGGAUUAAUGCUAUUAUUUACAUUUUUCUCUUGGGGGUAUUUAUAUUCUUAACUGUAGAGCGUCAAGGGAUGUUUUAUUUAGCUGGACUGGCUUUCUUGUAAAUAUAUUUAUGUGAGACCAAUAUGUAGAGCUGAAUGUUGAAAGGUCGUUUAAAAAAGGAGGAUUUCAGGUCGUCUAACCCACCAAACAGUGACAGAUUUUUCUUUUCUUUUUUUUUUUUUUUUUACAUUUCAGAGGUUUAUUGCCUGCUAUAAUAAGUGACAAGACUGAGUCAAAAUGUGUCACUUUUGCACAUUGUCACCACUUGUUACAGCAAAAAAAAAAAAA